GACGUCUACUGGAGCUUAAAUGUGGGGAAGUUACUGAGCAGUGUAUCCGAGGACACGGUGCGGAACACUGGGAAUGGAUUCCACAUUGUAUUCCGGGACUAUAAGCGGACAGUAUAUUUGUGGAGUGCCCUGGGCAGUAUUGGAGACUCAGUAUUGGACUGGAUGGUGGGGGCUGUCCUUCGCCCAGGAUUAACUUUGGGGAUGGUGCGAAGUAAAAUCAUUUCCACCCCACCCCAGCUCAGGCACAGACGCCGGUUACCGAGCCAACGCGGACAAACUACACAACUGUGCUGGGAAAUCACAUGUGAGGGGGUGGGUUAGUACAUUUCACUCGCUGUCUUGUCUGUGUCAGUGUGUGUGUGUGUAUGUCCGAGCGCUCGAUCGGGAUAUGUGUUAGCACCAGCCUCCCAGCGAUGUGACCUGCUCCUCAAGAUCAAGACCUUUAAGACCAGGAGUUAACACCCAAACAUCUACUCCCUAUGAAGAAAUUAGCUUCCCUCUGCAAACUCCAGGCACUCUGCUGCUUGAGUCUUCUGGUAUUUCUGCCUGUUAUUGCAACAGACAAAUGGUGCAACAGCCCCGAUGACUUCAAAUGGCUAACGGAACAGCUUCAGAUUAAGAUCAACAAUCUGAAUGAUAAUCUGCUCCCGAGUAUGAUAAAGUACAACACCUUUACAAAUAUGAAAACUGCUGUAUUGACUGAUCGCUGUUUUAUCAUUGUCACUGCUGAGCAACUCAACAACUCUCUUCAGCUCCUGAUGAGCCACUUUAAGACGAACUCAAGCAAUUACCAUUUGACUCAACAAGUGGUGACAUUCCUGAAUAUACUUCACACACAUUGUUCUGAUGAAAACUCCCAUCAAUGCUCGAAACCAGAUACGAAGGUUGUUACUGGGUGUAAAAGUGAUCUGUUUGCUUACUUCCAUGCUAUCUUGAAUCACUAUAUAUACAUAUUUGACCAGUGCAACCCAGUAAAACAAGCCACAGAGCAGUCAGAGGGCUAUCUUUCCCUCCUGAAAGCCUCUGAGAUCUCCAUUGCUUCAAACUGUUGCCUGAUUGACCUGCACAAUGGAUCACAUUCAAGCUAUCUUUACAGAGACUCUCCCACAAAACCUUUGUAUAAUGUCAGCACACCAGAGCCUUUCUGCUCCUUGAUGUCUCCUAUACAGAGUGUGACGGGUUACAAGCUUAUUCCCAGCACAGAAGCCACGUCUGCAGUGACCAACGUACUCACAGAAGACAAAAGCACUGUUACUAAAAAGGAUCCCUUGUUUGGCAGCACGACUGAUGACCCACAUAACAGCACUGGCAAUUUAAUGCAAACAGAGGUUAAUAAUGGUGGAAGUACUGUACCUAAUAUGCAGCCUGCAUCAAUCUCUGCUGCAUCUCCAUCACAGACUCUCAGUAAACCUACUGGUGCUGCAGGAAAAGCUGGUCUACAUGAAGACAAGCAGCACACAAACACCCACUUAUUUCAAUAUCUAUUCAUAGGAACUGCUGUUGCACUGGUUCUCACACUCUCUGCACUCGUUCAUUCGCACUUCAAGAUAAGGAGGCUGAAGCAAAGAUUGUGGAAUAAAGACUUGGAAGACCACGACACAGAAACCAGCAAAAGUUUCCUGACAACGGAAAUCUAAGGGCGAUAAAGGAACGGGAGAACGCUUUGUGAACAUCAUGGGCACUUGGCUUCCAUGAAGCAACAAAUGGCUUUUCGUCACAUAUUAAUGCAGCUGGGAAUCCCCUCAAAUUUCCCCAAAAUAUUCAGUGAGACCUGAAGUGACUGUGAACAUUGUGCUGGAAACUGGCUGCAGCAAAGUUGGCUGCACACCAAGCAGUUAGAGCACUGGAAUUAACAGUGGUGAAAAAACAAACAAUAUAAGAUCCCUGCAGCAAACAAAGCGGCUUUGUAUUUGAUGUGACAUCAGCAGCUGGGCAGUACUGGCAGCAUGAUGAGCAGUUUUGUGUUUAAAAACAGAGAAAGAGUGUGAGCCAAAUAAUUUCACCCAACUUGCCCCAUACCUGGUUGCUUCAAGUUAAUCAAGGGGAGUGUGAGCUACAACAGCCCUUCAAGACUUUCUGCAAACAAUUGCUUCCUGAUGAGAAAUUAUUUUUAUAUUUACAAAAGAGAAACUGCAUAAAGAGUAGGAUAGUAGCCAAAGCAGAUGUUACUGAUUAGAGUCCUCAAACGUUACCAAUAUUCAUCGAGCUUAUAGACUGGCAUCACCAAGUCACAUCAAGUUAACAAUCUGUGGUCACCACAGCAUCACUGAGUCAACUUGAUGCAGUAUCACUGUUGAUUUAUUAAUCCAUUAACACUUGGUCCUUGUAUAGCUUCUAAUCCAAUGGAAUCACAGAUCACUGGAUUACUGUCACGCUAACAAACCAAUACCAUAAAGACAUCAAGAGACUCGCCUGAAAUCUGUAAAUCGUAACUCUGCUUCAACUCUGUUACAACUUCUUCCAGCUAUGAGAAUUCUGUUGAUAAAGAAAUUUUGUUUGAUUUGUUGGUCCCUGAUAGCACUGACAAUGUUGGAAACUUGAGAUGAAUAGAUUUUUAAAGUCAUUUCCACAGUAUUCAUGGAAAAAUGUGAUUUCAGAAUAACUUUGUUCGAAUGAAAUUUAGUGUACUGCCGUCAAGCUUCCUUGACUAAUGUGUGGACUUACGAUGUUGAAUUUUCACCAAUUUCAUUGGAAAAUUGAUGUGUAUCUGUGCUUCCAUUAUCUCAGCACUUUUUUUUUACACAAUCAGUAAUUGUUCAUUAUUUGUCCAUUUUUCUUUCAUUAUUUUAGGGAUUUUGUUCCAUUGCUCAAAUGGUUUUCUUCAGUAUUAUCAAUUGCCACUAAUUAUUAAUGUCAAAAUCCUAAUCCAUGCCUUUAUCAAGUCCAAGCUUCCAAAACUGCUUCUCCCCGUUAUAUAUCCCUCCAACUCCCUCUAGCAGCCACAUGUAUGAGUUCCUUGGCCUCUAUCAUAAGAGGUCACGGGCCAUUCAGCCCCUCAAUCCUAUUCCACUAUGCAGUGGUGAGUACUUUCAACUGAUGACUGUAGAUUUCACUUCUAAUGCCUCUUUUCUCUCUGCUGGCAGGCACCAGGAGGCACGAACUUGCUUCUCUGGCACAGUUUGGAUCCUUGUUCUCUCUGUUCCACUGUCAUUUCCAUAGCUGCUAAAACAAAAAAAUAAUCAAACCACAUUUCUAUAGCACUUUUGGUACUCCACGGAAGAUUUCAUGAAACAAAAUCUGUCAAAUCUGUCAAAUAUUAGAAUAGGUGACCCAAGAUUUUGGAACACAGGUAUCUUUGAGGAUCACAGGGUUUGAGGAAGCUAUAGAGCUAAGGAAGGGAAUGGCCAUAAAUAGUGUUGGCAGACACUAGAUGUACAGGAACUGGUGAGAUUGCACCUUAACUUCUUUCCUUAAAUAAUUUUUAUUAGAUUAGAUUCCCUACAGUGUGGGAACAGGCCCUUCAGCCCAACAAGUCCACACUGACCCUCCGAAGAGUAAGCCACCCAGACCUAUUUCCCUCUGACUAAUGCACCUAACUUAUGGGCAAUUUAGCAUGGCCAAUUCACCUGACCUGCACAUCUUUGUGUGCCGUGGGGGGAAACUCGAGCGCCCAGGGGAAACCCACGCAGACACAGGGAGAAUGUCUCCACACAGACAGUCGCUCAAGGCUGGAAUCGAACCUGGCGCUGUGAGGCAGCAGUGCUAACC